UGUAUAUUUUAAAAAUAUUGAAAAUGAAUACAACCCUAAAUCCCUAUGCAGACGAACAGUCAAUAAAGGUCCCUAAGAAUGCAAGAAUCAUAGCUACAUUUAAAUAAAUUAGAAAGAAGCAAGAGUGUUCAGGCAUCAAAGUAUCCCAGAACUCAAAAGACUAGUAGGAAUCUUAAAUCAAGCAUCAAGAAGCAUCAAACUCCUAAAAUAUCUUCUUUGAGACAUAACCCGCCAUCUAGGCCAAAUAUUGCCCCUUCUUAUGACCUUCCGGGCACUUAUAACCCUAAUAGCAAGCCUUCGAAAGCUUCAAAAAGGCUUAAAACGUCCCAUAUCGGGAGAAGAGAUGCUAAGACAAUUAUGUUCAAAGAUCUCUUGAAGACACUGAAUAUUAGUAAGAAACCUGGAGUCAGAAGAACCAUUAGAGGGAAUAUGAGCAAUCCUAGGUCUUAUAGUCGAUUGAAUAGAGUAAAUCAAGAUCUUAGAGACAAAUUUGAGCUCCAUAAGGAAUACGGAUACCAUAAGUACAUGUGCAAGAAGAGCAAGUUUUUCCUUAGAAAGCACAGAAAGAAUCUUCAUAAACUAACUGAAGCAGUCAAAAUUGUCCUUGAAGAACAUGAUAAAAUGAGAGGCAAAGAGGCCCCUCUAAACACUCUUGAGGAUACAAAGCAGAGUCCCGACUCUAAAUGUCCUCACCAUCAUGAGACUGAGCAAGGCUCUGGGCUCAUGCAUAUCCCUAACAAUUCUUCUUGCUUACUUAAGCCUGUUGAACUUGAGAAAUUUCAGAAGGAGAUUAAAGGCAUUCGUAAAAACAUCAGUAAAAUAGAAAAUAAGAUCACUCCGCUAAGACCGGAACCAAAAUACGGCAACAUCACUCAAAUGGAUGUGAAUAAAGUCCAGAAAUUAAUUCUGAGAAGUCGCUUGAAAAUCAAUCUCCUGACUAAUCAAGAUGGAAGUAACCUGGAAGGAUCUAAGAUACUAAAUCAGGACCUCUUCUCAGUCAAGAAGGGAAGUUAUAGCAAAAGUUCAGCUCAGAGAUCAACUGUUAAAUUCAAUUUCUCAGAUUUUUAUAAAGAUGAUGAGCAUUCAAACUCUAAAAAUAAAUCAAGAGGUAACAGUAGGGGAAGCUAUCGUGUAAGGUUUGCAGCUGAAAGUCCUCCCAUGUCCAAAGACGAUAGGACUUUAUCCGACAUCGAGCUCGAGUACCAAAGAAGAGUAAAUAAAGCAUUGAAAUCCCUCAAGAAGAAGAACCAAAACAGGGAUCUUAUCCUUUAAUCCAAUGUAAUGCAG